GGGAGGGGUAGGAGGUUAGAAAAAUUAUUACUACCCUCCCCUCGGUGACAAUUCACUACAAGGGAAAGAACUGGAGAUGGCAGAGGGAGUCCAUAAUUAUUUUCAGGACCUUUUAGCAAAACACGAAGGAAUUCUUGCCAUUUUGGUUACCGAUAGAGAUGGAGUUCCGCUCAUUAAAGUUUAUGAUCCUAAAACUCCACAAAAUGCACUAAGAGCAAGUUUUCUCUCCACAUUCUCCACAACAGCUGAACAAGCAAGUAAGCUUGGAUUAUCAAAAAACAAGAGCAUCGUUUGUUUUUUUGCUUCCUAUCAGGUGGUUCAUUUUAGUUUUCUUCCUUUGGUUGUCAGCAUCAUUGCAACAAAUCAGGCAAACACAGGUCUUCUUCUGGGAUUUGAGAGUGAAUUCACUGAAAUAGUGAAGGCAGUCAAAGUUGUGGUGGAUGGUGUUUAGCACAAAUAUAUUAUACUGAUAUUCAUUUAAGAAUGCAACUCUAAGUUAGAAUUAAGAAAUAAAAUAAUUAUUUUUGUAUCACCA